UUAAGCAGCUUUAUAAACUCCAUCAACCAUCGGAGGUGAGAAGGAGGCUGGAGGAGCUUUGUCAAGACAAGAGGCAGAAGAGGCGGCUGCAUUUCAGUGCUGGAUGAUCAUCUAGUCUGCCAUACACUAUGUCCAAAGAACAGACUAAAGCGCUCACGCUGGAAAAAGAGGGACAUCCAGAACUGGGCGAAGUGGAGGGGAUUCCGCUCGUCCAGGUCACCUGUAAUGAAUGGCAGCGGAUCCAGAGUUUCCAAGCGAGGCCCGACGAUCUGCUCAUCUGCACCUACCCCAAAGCAGGCACAACAUGGAUCCAGGAGAUAGUAGACAUGAUCCAGCAGGAUGGAGACUUGGAGAAGUGCAAGCGUGCCCCUGUCCACCACCGGCACCCCUUCAUCGAGUGGGUUCGACCACCUCAACCGUCAGGUGUGGAACAGGCUGAAGCCAUGCCCUCGCCACGGACCCUGAAAACCCACCUCCCCGUCAAACUGCUGCCUCCAUCCUUCUGGGAACAGCAGUGUAAGUUCCUGUACGUGGCUCGUAAUGCCAAGGACUGCAUGGUCUCCUACUACCACUUCCAGAGAAUGAACAAGGUGUUGCCUGACCCGGGCCCCUGGCACGAGUAUUUUGAGAUGUUCAUGGCGGGCAAAGUGGGCUGGGGUCCGUGGCACGACCACGUGAAGGGCUGGUGGAAGGUGAAGGACAUGCACUGCGUGCUCUUCCUCUUCUACGAGGACAUGAAGAAGGACCUGAAGCGUGAGAUCCAGAAGGUGGCCCAGUUCCUAGGGAAGAACCUGGACCAGGAGCUUCUGGACAAGAUUGUCUAUCACACAUCAUUCGACGUCAUGAAGGACAAUCCCAUGGCUAACCGCUCCGGCGUCCCCAGGUCCUUCAUGGACCUGUCCAUCUCCCCGUUCAUGCGCAAAGGGACUGUUGGGGACUGGAAGAACCACUUCACUGUGGCACAGAAUGAGCGCUUUGAGGAGGACUAUGAGAAGAAGAUGGCUGGGACCAAUCUGACCUUCUGCAUGGAGCUCUGAGGACCCUGCCUCUGAGCCUGGCAGGAUCCACCCAGCCUGCCACAGCCACCCCUAUAGGCCCCUGAAUCUCUACCAGUCUUUUCCAAGGUGACAAACCUUCUGCCAUGGACCACUCUCAGGCUCAGCCAAACCCCAGGGCUUUUCUGUGGGGCAGCGGUGUGGGUUCUUCCACUAUAUAACCCUGUCCUCUCUGUCCCAUUUUCACAACUUCUUCCCUUCCCAUUCCCACCUACUGCUCCUUCCCUCCUCCUGACCCACCAUGGCCCGUCUCUACAACUGGCUGGAAAAUGGGAGCUAUUUCCUCCCAUGGAAAAUACUUUUUUUUUUUUUUUUUUUUGCAAAAGCCUGAAUUCCACCAAAUUUUAAUUUAGAAAUGCUUCCUUAUGGGAGCUGUUGUUUGGGUGCCUCAUGCUCCCAUUCUCCUAUAUGCAUCAGACUUCCUGGCUGGACUACAUUUCCCAUGACAUACCAUAGUCCUCCCCUCUUCUUGAGUGCAUCCUGGGACUCUGGGCCAUGGCACAUCAUGGGAUAUGUAGUCUGGUUAGGUAGCCUGAGAGUCCAGAUUCCUGGGUUCUAUCCCUAGGUCUGGGAGGGGAGUGGGGUCUAAUGAGUUAGGGUAGUGAGCUGGGAGUCAGGACACCUGGGAUCUAGCCUCAGCAAUUCCACCUACUCACUGUUUGAUCUUAGAUAAGCCACUUUCCCUGUGAUCUCCAUUGGAAAGAGGGGAAAUUAAAUAACUAUACUCUCUAUUGCAUGUCUCUAAAGCUAGGUGAUGGGGGGCAUGCAGGAUCACAUGCCACUGUCCCCCCAGUUUGCUGCUUGGCUUGUACUGAGCAUGCUCAGUAACACUGCUGAAGCCAGCUGUAACCACUCACCCACUGUUGCUCCCAUCAUCUCUGCUCUAAAUCCCCUUUUAGGUAAUCGCAGUUGCCAAGGUUGAAGGAGUAACAUAAAUGUACUUCUCAGUUAGUUUCUGAAACAACUAUUACUUCCUGUGUGGGUUCUGAUGCAGCUGGGCUGGGGAAACGGGGCCAGAUUUCUCCUCACCACUGAACCGUGCAGAACAAAGUGAUUGCUUUUUUUAAAACUGCCGCUUGCCCUUUCAUUAACCUCAGUUGACUGUAAUGGAACAGGAGCUGGGCAUGCAGUUAAGGGUGAUCUGCUUUCUUAGGGUACAGAAAGAGACUGAUCAAAGGAUGGCUGAGGCUGGGGUCAGACACUUACCCAGUUUGAAAUCAUACAUGUGAGCUGGCAGAACUCUGUCACUGGGGUUUCUAACCCUACAGCCAGCUGACGUCUUUUAGAAACCUCUUUUAGAAUUGAUAAAGCAUUUUUUUAUCUCCAGAAUUCUUUUUGAUGAUCAGGUGCUGAGAUUAAUUUGUUGAUUUGACUUUGAUUUGGCAGUUGUAAUUAACGCUGUCCCCCCCCCCCAAAAAAAAUCUUGACAGAUGAGUUUUCCAUCAAUUGUGUGGUGAUCCAAAUUGAAAGGUUUUGUUCUCAGCUAAGCUUUUGACAGAAAAAAAUCUCAACACAAUUCUGAAUCAAAACGGAGCAUUUCAUUUUGACUUGCUUGUUUCGUAUCACCUUACAUUUAUUAACUGUUAUACUAACUCUAUCAUGGAGUUAUCAAGCCAUUCUGAUCAGGUUGUGUGCAGGCUUCUGAAUCAAAACUUUCUUUCUGAAACUUCCUUUCCAGAAAAGCUGUAACUGCUUAUCUGGAUUUGCAACAAAAUUCAGAGUCAAGAUGUUGGAUCUUCCCACGGGAAAUCCUGUUUUCCAGCCAGCUCCAGUUGUAUUGCUUUCAUUUGUAGUUUGAUUUUACGUUAGUAAUAAUAGCUUAACUUUGGUAGGAGGGGGGUUGAAGUGGCUUUAAUAAAAUUCAUAAAAAGGUAGCAAGUCACGCUUCUUCCAGUAAGCGAUUUGGGUCCAGAAUCCUUGAAGAUCUGGGUGAAUAUCAACUGAUCAACCUAAAAACCUGACCCUCUCCUCUCAAUUAGUCUCUAUGCCUCACGCAAGACAAGUAACUGAUAAUGAGUGACUGCAAAGCAUAGCCUAGUGGUGACAAUAAGUGAUCUGAGUGCAAGUGAUUUAUUUUUUUGCUAUCAAGU